UGUCUCCCUCCUUCACACUUUUUUUUUCCUUUUCCUUUUCAAUCCCUCCCUCUCUCUCUCUCUCUCUCUCUCCAUACCUUCCAUUUCAAACGAGAUAAACAAGCUGAUGUCUUAUUUGCCUCUCGCAUUCUCCUCCUCUAUCACCACCACCGCAGCAGCAUCCUCCACCGUUCCUAGGGUUCCAUUCUCCUCCCGUAGCUACGCUUCUGCAAACUCUUGCAAUCGUUUCGUUGUUCUUCGAUCAUACUGUUUGCAAAGGCCUGUAUAUCAGCGCAAUCUCUCUUUGUUACGAGUUAAGGCAAUGGCGAAGCUGGUUCAGGAUAAGGAAGCAAUUGUCGCCGCCAGUUCUUCCGGCGUCCCGGAUGAGGAGGAGGAGGAGGAGGAGGAGAGGAGGAAGAAGGAGCUCGGUCACUCCCGCACGUUUCUCGAUGCGCGCAGCGAACAAGAGCUCCUGUCUGGUAUUGGGAAGGAAGCGGAAGCUGGCAUGCUGCCUUCUGGUGUUGCUACAGGAAUGGAACAACUAUAUCAGAAUUAUAAAAAUGCAGUUUUAAAAAGUGGAGAUCCCAGGGCAAAUGAGAUUGUCUUGUCAAAUAUGGCUGUUGCCUUUGAUCGUAUACUUUUGGACGUGGAGGAUCCCUUCAUCUUCUCCCCAUAUCACAAAGCAAGGAGAGAGCCAUUUGAUUACUACAUGUUUGGUCAAAAUUAUAUUCGACCUUUGGUCAACUUCAAAAAUUCAUUCAUUGGCAAUUUGGCCCUUUUCUAUGAAAUGGAAGAGAAGCUUCGCCAGGGGCACAACAUUGUUUUGAUGUCCAACCACCAAACUGAAGCAGACCCUGCUGUUAUUGCAUUAUUACUUGAAGCAACAAACCCAAGUAUUGCUGAGAACAUGAACUAUGUGGCAGGGGAUAGAGUUCUUACAGACCCUCUCUGCAAGCCCUUCAGCAUGGGAAGGAAUCUCAUAUGUGUGUACUCAAAAAAACACAUGUACGAUGUUCCCGAGCUUGUUGAGAUGAAAAGAAAAGCAAAUACACGUAGUUUGAAGGAGAUGGCUUUACUAUUAAGGGCCGGAUCACAAAUAGUGUGGAUUGCACCUAGUGGAGGCAGGGAUCGCCCAGAUCCUCUUACCGGAGAAUGGAAUCCAGCGCCCUUUGAUUCUUCUUCAGUGGAUAAUAUGAGAAGGCUUGCUGAACAUUCUGGUGUUCCAGGACAUAUUUACCCAUUGGCCUUGUUGUGCUAUGACAUCAUGCCCCCUCCACCUCAGGUAGAGAAAGAAAUUGGGGAGAGAAGAGUAGUUUCCUUUCAUGGGGUUGGGUUAUCCUUAGCACCAGAAAUAAGCUUCACUGAAAUCACCGCUGCUUGUGAAAGCCCUGAAGAGGUUGGUUAAAUUUAUUCCAAUGGAUAUCCACUUCACAGCUUUUCGUUAUAGUUCCUGAUAUUUUUGUCUUUGGCAUUUUAUAUAUUAUCUUUUAUCAGUUUUUUUUUUUCGUGUAUACCAAUAUUAAAUCGGGGAAAAGCAGGGUUGUUGGGCACUCAAUUCCAUUAGAGAAAUUAACAGUUUUAUUCAUAAGCUGUCUGUUCAAACUAACAUCCGUAACUAAUAUAUUGUUCAUAAGUAAUACUUCUAACCAAAAGACUACACUAAUGUAAACCUAUUUGAGUAGUUCCUAAAUAAGCUUAAUAUCCCAAAUAAUACAUAAAUAUUGUAGUUACAGAGAUAUCCCAUCAUAUUGAAAUAUAUCAAUCAAUUGACUUUUUGUACUGCAUCAGUUUCCCAAUAACUUCUCUGCUGUGACUAUUUGUAUGUGGUGUGUGCAACUUGCAUGUAAUUGUAGCUUAAGAUGUGGGGAAUCUCUCUUCAAACUCGUCUCAUAUUAGCAAGUUGUAUGUAAUUGUAAGCUAAGAUGUGGAGAAUCAUCUCCCUUCAAACACAUCUCCCGUUGUCAUUGUCAUUUUUCAAACGAUGUUUUCAUUUUCAGCAACUUGAAAUAUUUUUGUAUGUAAGCAUGUUUGAACUUAGAAGAUAAAAAAAUCAGAAAUUUUUUUCAUGUAUCAAAUGGAGUAUUAAUGCUGAAAAGCUAAUUUAUGCUUUAGGAUUAAUACAGAUUUCAAUGUGGCUUAGAUUCAAGUCUAUUCUAUUCCUAGAUCCUAAUCAUUAAAUAUGUAAAUCUAAUGCUUAAAUAUUUGGUGCAUAAUUAAGUUGCUCAACUCAUCUUCAAUCCCACAAUGAUCUAUUCAUGUUCUCAUUUUUUUUUUUUAAAAAGGUAUUGCACUCCCACUUGUCAAUAGAGGAAUUAGAAAACUUGUAAAUUAGAUUGAUAAUGAAAUUGAUUUGGAAUUGAUUUUUUAUUCAAAAUCCUAUUGCAUUUGUACUGCAUUUGUACUGCAUUAUCAUUCUCAUCCAUAGAAUUGAAAUUUAAAUCAAAUAAGACUGGAGUACAGGAUUAUAUACAUUCCUAAUCUACAACUUAAUGUUUUAGAAGGUGCCAAUAGGAAUCUGAUACUAUAGAGCUCUCGCAUGCCCAUCUUGCAAAUCAAUAUAUGAAAUUUUUUACUAGUGCACCUUUGGUGAAAGUAUUAUCAAGUUGGUCUUAAGAGAUUACAUAAUAUAUGUCUAUGAGACCACUGCUUAUCUUUUCCUUGAUGAAGUAUUAAUCGAUCUCAAUAUGUUCUCUUUUGUCAUAUUAGAUUGGGUUGUCUGAAAUCUUGAUUGUAGCUUUCUUGUCCCAAUAUAGUGUUAGACCUUUUGUAUCUACUAUAUUUAACUCGCAUAUUUGUUAUUGGAAUUAAGUAUAAUUCGCACAAACCUUUCAUCAUAGCUCUGAAUUUGUGGUAUGCACUGGUCCUUGCCACUACUAACUAUUUCUUCUCCAAAUAAGCAAGUUACCAUCUACAAAAUAGAUUAUGUUUUUGCGGAGAGAUACAGACCAUUCUCUCUUAUUUGGCCACCUCAAUGAGAAAGUAUCUCAAAUCCUUGAUGUAAAGGCCCAAACCCCAUUUUUAGGAUUUCGGCAUUUAGUCCGAUCAUAAUAAUUUAGUAAUACUGAAAUUAUCAUUGCGCAGAAGAAUUAAAGAUUUAAAGGUUACAUUUUUUGUACAUUUACUUAGAAUAUUCAAAUAGGGGCUACUGAAAUGUUUAAAACUUAAAACGAAAGAUAGCUACUACUAUAAUGAUUAAUCUCAAUUCAAAUAUGGCAGGACGGAUAAGGAUGAUGUUCUAAUCUAUUCUCUCACUAUUCUGAAUCUGGAUCUUGAUCGUCAUGAUCUAAAAUUGUAAGAAGAAGGGGGUGAGCAACACUAACCCAAUAAAAUUGCCAAAAAUCUUACCGCCGACACAGUAACUAAAGGAUUGUAGAAAAUAUAAAAUGACCGAUAGAGCAUUCACUUUGUAUUAAAAACCAUAUUGGUGCGGUCAUACCCUUCCUUUUUAUGGAAAACAAUUUAUUUCUUACUUUCUUAUUAGACAACUUUCAUGCAAAAACAUUUAGAUAUGUUCAGGAAUAUAAUAAAAUGUUAUUAAUGGUUUACCAUUCCUUUAGCCAUCUUAUAAUAUUAUUUUCGUCCACCGGUAUCUAUGGGCCCCAUAGGGAUUCCUCCUACUCGUGGAUAUCUACGUUUCUUUCACAAAUAUCGGCCGUUCCCACAUCCCGUCCGUUAAUGAGUGUACCUAAUGAUAUUUAAGGACUCGAACUCUCAUUCAGAAUCUUGAUCACCUCCCACUGUGUAAUGAUAAAUAAUUUACAGAAAUGUCUCGCAUAGCAAAUAUUUAAAGAUUCAAAAGUACAUCCCUUACACACUUAAUUUUAAAAUGUCUAAAAUUCAAGAGAUGUGUCUAAGUCAUGAAUUAAAUACUUACUACAAUGAAAUGAACAACUUCAACUACUGUCUAGGUUGAAGUAAAUUAGAGGGGAACAAUCUCCUAGCAAUCUCUCACCAUUGGGAGCGAGAUCUAACAUCUGAUCUGAAAAAGAUAAUAAAUUGGGUGAUUUACAUUAGCUCAAUAAAGAUAUAGAAACCAAACAAUAGAAUGGCUCAUUAAAGUGUUGUAGAAAACAGUAAAACAGCCAAUGUAACAUUUACCUUAAUAAAACUAACUUUAAACUUAGAAACAUGUUUAAUUUCCUCACUUCAUACUCCUAUUCCUCUAAUGCAGAGUUCCCAUUAUUGUUUUUUAUUACAAUCUUAUGCUCUCUUAUAAUUACCAUCAUAUUUUAUCAAAUUUAUAUUCAACUAAUUUUGUUUACAUUUACAAGUACCGCCAACCAUAUCAGAUAUAUAAUCAAGUAGCUUUUAUUUAAAAAAAACAACACCAUCAGUUUACGCAAUUAUUCAUACACAUAACAUUAAGAUAUCAUUCGAAUCAUAAUGAGAAGCACAAUCAACACACAUCUCAAUAAAUGUGAAGUUUUGAGUUCCUUAUCAUUUCAUUUGAGCACGGUUAUUGACCAUUUUCAUUAAUAUUACAUGUCAUUUCCAUUACUGGUAUCACUGGGGGCCCAUAGGAAUUCUUGCUAUACGUGAAAAUACAAAACAUUUCUUUUACGAUUCAUCAGUCGUCUUCGUACUCCGUGCGGUAAUGACCACCAUAACUAUAAACUCACUCAAUACUCCGUCUGGUAUGAACGUAAUAUCACCAACUUCCAACCUCAUCUGGUAUAGGAUUUUCCAGCCUCAUACGACUGAAGACACAUCCACGUUAGAAUUCACUUUAUGUACCAAGUCCGUACAUUCUCUCCUAUUUUACUGUAAGUUUUUUUUUUUUUUUUUUCCUUCAAGGAUUAUUUCUGUUUCAUAUUCCAACCUCAGAAAUUCAAAACAUUAUAGUUAUAUUUUAAAAUGAAAAUUCACAUUCAACAACGCGUACAUACGUAUAUCAAGCGCACACAUUAUAUUAAACAAACAGUCUCAUGUG